AAUCAAUCAAAAGGCCAAAUUACAAUAUCAAGCCUAGCAAAGAUAGCAACCACAAACUUUUUUCAUUUUUGCGCCUUGAGUUUUGAAUUUCUCCGUGGGGCACCUUCUCCAACUUUCUAGACCAAUCUCGCUCUGUCUCACUCUCCAAACGAAGUAUACUUCUUCUGCAACUCCACAAUGCUCCCUACCAACUUCAAUUCAUCCUUCACUUCCAAUCAAUGGCCACUCUUUUCACUACUCCAUACUCUUGCUCUUCAUGGGCUCUCCAGAAAACCCAAAAUCACUUGCCUUCUACUCCUUUCUUCAAACACCCAUUUGCCCAAAAAAACCACCUCUCAUCUUUCCUCUCUUCCAGGCAAAAACCCAAAAUACACUGCAAAUUUUCCGUCAAAGCUGAGCAAGAAAAUGAAAACCCUUCUACUUCUUCUUCUUCGGUUGCCGUAGUUUCAGAAAAAGAUGAUACCCAGAAGAGGGAUUUUCCUGCUGAGGGUGAAUUGGGGAGAGAGGGCGAGUCUGAGUCUGAAUCUGAAGAGAGAGAGAAACAGCAAGAACUGGAUUGGAAGACUGACGAGGAGUUCAAGAAAUUCAUGGGUAAUCCUUCGAUUGAGGCUGCUAUAAAGCUCGAAAAGAAGAGGGCUGAUAGGAAGUUCAAAGAGCUUGAUAGAGAAAGUAGUGAUAACCCAAUUGUGGAGUUCUUAAAUAGAGUGGUUCGUGACAGUUUGGCCAGAGAGAAAGAGAGGUUAGAGAAAGCAGAGGAGACAUUCAAGGCUCUUGAUCUCAACAAGUUAAAGAACUGCUUUGGGUUUGAUACAUUUUUCGCAACCGAUGUCAGGAGAUUUGGUGAUGGGGGAAUAUUUAUUGGGAAUUUGUGGAGGCCCAUUGAGGAAGUCGUACCCAAAUUGGAGCAGAAGCUAUCUGAAGCAGCAGGGAGGGAGGUUGUCCUGUGGUUCAUGGAAGAAAAAACUGAUGACAUUACAAAACAGGUUGUUCUUGAGGACCUUUACUCAUUACUGAAUGGCAUGUUUAUUGAAUAAUGUAAAUAAUCAACGAAAUGAGCCAUAGCACAUCAGCCAUACAAUCUUGUUUCAGCUGUAGCAUCGUGAUGCUACGCGCUUGUAGCCAUAUUCCCGUUGGUAGAAGAUGGAUCUCCAAUUUGAAUCAACGAACCUGAGCACUCCUUCGGGUUAUGUUAGUGCAGUAGCUUUAUGUGUUACAACCUUUGGCACAAUUGCGUUGAUCAGUGGCUUCUUCCUUAAGCUUGAUAUGCUACAUUUGAUGACUACAUAGCUGAUGUUGUGCCUCUCUUUGGCGGCUUCCUUUCCAUUUUGGGAGUUUCUGAGAGAAGUCAAGGAAGACACCAUUUUCUCAGCAACUAUGUGCCAAUUACUUGCACAAUCACUGACUGAGAAGCACAAUUGCGUCGGCGCAGCAGAAUUGCAUGGCAUUGAGUCCAGCUCUUCACAAUUCUUGAAAGCCAAAAUGGUGUUGAUGCAAACUAAAAGGCUCGUGUUCGACUGCGUGAAGGAAGCCAUAGACACCCAUGGAAGGAGAGCAAGGAGGCAGAAGAGGCUCAAAGGUGUGUUGGGGCCUGAGGAACUUGGAAAAAAGUGUGUGACCAAAUCUAUGAAUGGGGAAAUCAAUCUGGUGAUGAAACAAAUGUAAACCAAUUGAUAAGUUGGGAUUACUCCAACACAGAGAGGAAUGGAGUGAUUUUCAUCUGCUAACAAGGCAUAUUGGGAUAGAGAUAAGAGAUGCUAUCUUUGAUGAUAUUGUAGUAGAAAUAAUCAAGUCACUUUGAGGUAUAUAGAUAUAUUUGAAGAAAUAAUUAAUUCAUCCAAUGACUUUGUUUCUGCUC